UCUGGUUCUGGUUAGUCAGCUCUUGUAUUUUCCUUCUGUAGAUCGUUGAGGAAUUCGUUCCUCGCCGAGAUUUUACUCUAGAAAUCGUCCUUUCACGUAGCAGUCCUAAGAUUGCCACAGAAGUAAAUAUGGCGUCCUAUUCUCCUAAAGAAUGUGGAAUCUGUCUUAAGGAGUUUGACGAACUUAAAUUCUGCCCGAAGAUUUUACCUUGCUCACACAACAUGUGUGGAGAAUGUUUGGAUAAAAUGAUCAGAAUACAGAAUAAAUUCUGCCCUUUUUGCCGAAGAAGCUUCCAAGAAAAUUCUUUGCAGAGUUUUGGCACCAACUUCCCUUUGCUGGAUGCUUUGAAAUGUUUGAAAGAAGUGGAGAAUAAGCAGAAGACAACAGUUAUGAAUAACUUGGAUGAGGGGUUUAAGAUGAUAGCUAUUGAUGAUUAUCAGAAUAAUAAAGACCCAAGAGACUAUACAGUAUCAUCUUACCAAAGAAACAGAUGUGAGUCACCUCAUUGGAGGGGGAGAAAUGAAUCAUUUUACCAACAGGAUAUGAGUGAAACACCCAAUCAUAAGAACCAAAGUGACUCUCCUUACCAGAGAAAUAGAGAUGAACUGCUCCAGCACAGGAGCCAUAGUGAAUCAUCUCACCAGAGGUAUAAUGGAGAACCACCCUACCAAAGGGACCAAAGUGAAUCCUCUCACCAGAGGUAUAGAAGGGAAUCCCCUCAGCAGGGGGACCUAAGUGAAUCAUUUCACCAGAGGUAUAAUGGAGAACCGCCUUACCAGAGGGACCAAAAUGAAUCAUCUCACCAUAGGUAUAGUCGUGGACCACCUUACCAGAGGGAUCAAAGUGAACUAUCUCACCAGAGGUAUAGAGGUGAACCAACUCAACAGAGGGACCAAAAUGAAUCACCUAACCAGAAAUACAGUGGCAAACCACUUUACCAAAGUGAAUCAUCUCACAAGAGGUAUAGUGAAUUGUCUUACCAGAAGGACCAAAGUGAAUCAUCUGACCACAGCAAUAGAAGUAAAUUACCUUACAUGACAAAUUGUGGUGAACUGCAUCACCAGGAAGCCAAGAAUGCAUUGCCUUGCCAUCGAUACAGAGGGGGAUCACCUGACCAGAGGAAUAGAGGGGGAUCUCAUCACACAGGCAACUGGAACCAGACUCACCACAAAAACCCUGAUGAAGCCACUUACAGGAGAGGCAGAGGGGAAUCAUCAAGCCAGAUCCAAGGUGCAUCAACUCAUCUUUGCCCAAAAAUUCAAGAAUUUACCUGCAUUGAUCUCUUAACGAUCCUAAUCAAUGCAGAAGACUUCAGUAUAUCAACUCAGAUGAUCAAACAAAAAAAUGUCACAGAACCGGAUAGCAUCCACAGAAUUCUUGCUGAUCACAAACACGUAUUUGAAGAAAAUGAUGGCAAAAUAUCCUUUAAACCAGAAAUUAAGAUAUGCUCAUACCAUAUAAGCACUGAAGGUUGCCACGACAGAUCUUCAUGUUCUAAACUUCACAUUUGUCCAAAUUAUAUAUUUUUCUCAUGUCCAGAUGAAAAUUGUAUUCUUGGUCACAAUAUCAAGUCGGGUCACAACCAGUCUGUUUUACAGUUAUUCUUGAUGAACGAACUUUCAUCCCAACAACUUCCUCACAUUUUAUCUCAAGUAAUACCACAGUCUACAUCUAAUCCAAUGGGAUACCAAACUCACCAAGAGGCGUCCAAGUACUGUGAAGACAAGGGAUCUAUGAGGGAAAACUUUCAGAAUAUCCCACAGCGAACUCUGUGGCAUGAUGAUUACGAAGGUAACACAGAGAUACCAGAAAUAUGUUAUUAUUCAGUGACCAAUAAAUGCAGUUAUGAAAUUACAGGCUGUAAGAGACUUCAUGCUGAUACCCAUUUUCACUGGCAAGUGAAAGAGAGAGGCAUAGGAUGGGUUAAUCUGAGGAAAGUCCACGUAGAGGCUUUAGAGAAGGCUUAUUGUAAUCCAAGUCAGGACACAGCCAUCAUUCCAACCCUUAACAAAAAUAAUUGUCAAAGGAGAAUCUUCAAUUUGUUAGGAAGUGAUAAAUGGGAAGUAAACUUCAAGGAAAUGUCUCUGAGGAAUGGAAGAACAAGAGUAAAGCUGAGUCUCAGAAGGAUAACUUCACAAAAAAUCAAUGGGAAUGAAGUAGCUACCCAAAAGUAUAUUUGGUAUUUCCAGGACCGGAACAAUCAGUGGGUCCAAUAUGGCAAAACCGACACCACUCUAGGAUCUUCUGGUGUGAGUAGCCUCACCUCUGAUGAAUUAGAAAGGGAGUAUCAGAAAGAUCCCUCAAACUCAAUCACUUUUCAUAUUUAUGGCAUCCUUUACAUCCUGGACUUUAAUACCAUGGUCCAGAUGAACACAGCCACAAACGUUCGUAGGAAUGUUAAGCGGAGGCCAAUGUACCACGCGAAAAGCAACAGCUAUAAGAAAUGCAUGUAAUUUUUACUCAAUGACGCCUCCCGUGUAUCAUAAUUUCUCUUGUACCUACUAAUCUAUUAAGAUUAAUAAUAGACAUUAUACUCAAAGAUAUUUCUCUAGCAAGUGACCUGAUAUUCGAUAUAUUAGAAAUGAAAAACAGAUAGCAGCACAAAUACUUUGCAUUACUCGGCUACUUUGAUACAAAGAGAGAACCCUAGUGUAGGGAAAGUAUCUGUAACUGAGCAAGAAAAUUCUUAGCUACAAGAAAAGCGAUAAAUACAGGGUGCCAAUAGAUUCAUGGUGCAAUCUAAAAUGCUUAUAGCCUUGAAACUAUGCAUGAGAGAAUUAAUCUGUAAAAAGGUUUAAGAAAGCUUGACGUGCAUAGUUUUUCUGUUAAAUUGCAGCAUGACUUUAUGAACGCCCUGUAUACUUCUUGUGACACAGGAAUUAAGUUUUGUAUCCCAAAUAUCCGAAUGCAUCACACUGUAUAAGAUUAUGAAAUAUUUAAACAACUCUCCUAUGAAUACAAUGUUUUGAAAAGGAUAACGAACAUCGAUAUUUUAUGUUUCAUGAAUAAAAUUAUUAAAAAUCAUAAGAUUUCAUGCAUUUUUUCAUGGACACAGCAAUUGCCAAUAAUAAACACACAAAAUGUUCAAUUUAUGAUAUAACAUAACGUAAUACGUUAUACAUACACUGAAACUGCAGAUUUUGAAGUUAAAUAUAAUUUUUUAAAGGAAAAUAUACAUUUUGGAAAUUAUGAAUUUUCAAGAAAAGUAAAUUUCAUUCAAUGAAAGGAACAUUAAAGGGUCAACUUCUUUAGACAAAUCAUUUCACUACCGUUUGUAAAUAAAUGAAAGGGUUGUGUUGAUGAAAUAUUAAUUUCCAUAAUUAAAUUCUUAAAGGUACAUUCGGCCCACGAAUAAUUAGAGUAGUUUCUUAAUUCAUUGUUUGUUAAGGAAAUAUUGUCAUAUUCACGUGCCAGAUUAUUUACUUAUUAAUAAGUAAUAUUUCCUUUCAAAGAUGUUAUACAUGAAAUAAAUUAAAUUAGUACUGAGUAUAUUUAUUUAACAAAUCAAAGAUAAUUAUUAUGCAAUGUAAGGAAAAUAUAUAAACAUGGGUCCACGAAUUCUAAUCUUAUUUUCAACCAAGGCUUCGUGGCAGCAAUGUCAUAAUUAUUUGGAAGUUGUCUUUGCUUUAGCUCGAGUCAUGACCUAACGUAUUGUACUCUACUUGUUUAUCAUUAGUUCGUCACCUACAGUCAGUCAGCCGAUAAAUAAUGUAUUAAGCCUGUCUUUAAUAGCAAAAUGUGAUUCAACUAAUGUUCUCCUUUGAUUAAUAAAAUAAUUUGCAAGACAUUUAGUAAGCCUAAAUUUGACUUCUGAUUUUGACACGUUUAGUAAGAUUGUCCAUGCAUUUGGAUGAUUUAUGAUUACUCAUGUAGCCUACUCUUAUUUCAAGAAUUGGAAAUUAUUAGAAUUCUCCGAUGUGUUCUCAGUAAUUUUAAUAUUUCAUUUUGAUUAACAUUAAUGAAAAUUAUUCUGUGUUGUAAGUUUGUUUUGUUUAUAUUAUAUCAUUUCUUAAUUA